AUGAACAGGGAUUUGCACGAUUCGGAUGAUGACUGUCAGCAGACGCUUGGCCAGAUCGCUCGGCAUCAUGGCCGAUCAAUCGUCGAGAUGCUUGUGCAGAUACAGAACGCCAAAACGGAGGAAUGGAAGCCAACGAAAUUUCUCCAGCCGCUGGAGGUCCUCCAACUCAUCGACUGCCCUCCCAGCAACACGGCCCCCAGAAGCAACUUUGCUGGAACGAAAGAACCGCUCCACAGCGAUACAGUCACCGUUCCAAAGCUACUGGUGGAUAUCAAAGUACAGCGGGGAUUUCCACGGAUUUCAAGCGGGCAGGAAUUUCCGGCCCAGCACGAUAGCAGCUUCAUGAACCGCUGUCACCUUAACGUCCUCGACGGUCAGACCAAGUACAUUGCCGUGUCCUAUACGUGGGAUCCACCAGAUGGGCACGAUAACACCUCCGGUCGAUAUUGGAUAGCAAAGAGGGCUGGGAAUGGCUUCAAACAGUCGCCGAUUCGCAAUAGUCUCCUCGACCGUGUCACCCACUACAUGCGAGCACUAUGUGUCGAACACCUUUGGAUCGAUCAACAUUGCAUUGUCCAGACCACAACGUGCACAAUGAGUCGCUGCGCUCAUGACGACUGCAACGAAAAGCGAGAGGCAGUGCAUGCUAUGGACCUCGUCUUUACAUCCAGCGAAUAUCCCACAGCCUUCCUUUCACAAUCUAUUGAUACAUGGUGGGACCUGCACGUAGCAAAGCACUGGGACCGUGUGGCUAUUAUAGGAAACUGCUGUCGAUAUCCCAAAAGACUAGAGCUUCAGUACCUGCAGCAGAUGGGUAGAAGCCUUGGUCUCUCCAUCCUAGCCCUCGUUCUUUUGAAUGGAGAGGUGCUCGACAAUCGCGAAAAACAAGACCAACGAAAAAUAGCCGACAUGACAGUCUCCCAAUUUCUAGCCUCUCAGGUCUGCAGGAACGGAUACUAUGCCAGCCGAUGUGGCUUUAUCGACGUUACGCUUACCAUGACGGGGAUUCGAACUAGAGGACACCUGUGGAAGUUAGGCGAGGUUAUCGACGCCUCCGAAGGUUUGGUCGACGACGACGCCGCCGCUGUUAAUUGCAAACCGAAGUCUUUCAAAAAUUGGCCAAUAGAUAACAGUACGGCUGCGAACGAGUAUCGCUGCUGGUGGAGAGAAGCACGAUGUCGAAAACUGAUCGCAAUACUCGAAGCUUCUGGUUACAGCAACCUAGCAGAGAACCUUCGACAGCUUUUCAAACACCCCAUAACUGACUGCUUAUUCCGCCCGAACGAUCACCAGACAAAAGACGGACAGAGUAGUACGCCGCCGCUCGCGACCCUCGAAGUGAUUGAUGCAAUUGGGCGUGGGAAGAAGGUUAGAGUUGGACGUCUCUGGCACCCUGGACUUCUCUCGGAGCCAUCAUCUUAUAGUGCUCUGUUUGUUUGGGAAGGAGACGAGCUCGACGAUCUGGAAGACCACCAGGAAAACAAGACUCUCGUCCCAGCAAUGGUGUUUACGGCCACUCGAGUGAGCGAUUUCAGCUCCCCUUUCGAUCCCAUCGACGAGCAUCCAAGACUUUCAUCUGAAGAGGGGAAGUUCCACCGACAUCUGUCGUUGGAGGUGGAAAUAGAAAACCUAGGUGCCAAGAAGGUCGUCUUUAGCAAGAAAACUGGAAACCUACCAUCGCUAAAGACCAAGCGAUGGCUCAGCGGUCUGCAUUUUCCCCCCGAAAUCUGCAUGCGUCCAUCGCGUCUAGUGGUUUUUCCCUGGCUCCAUCUCUUUACUGCCGUCAUAGAGGUCAUGCGCUUCAGUACACUUUACUGA